UGAUCGCCGUCGGCUUGUCGAACCGCUCGCACGUAUUCUCUCUUGAACUCACACACUGAAGUAGUAUCAAUGACGGUUACCACAAUGGCCGAUUGCUACCUUUACAGAUUGCCUAAUGAGCUCCUCAUACACCUGCUCACGCCGAUGACCACGCCCGAGCUCCUCCCUCUAGCCCCCCUAUCGCGCCGAAUAUACACUGUUGUUAUACGCAUCCUCCACAACCGUCUCGUAAUAGCUUCUGAACUCGAAUCCCACUCCGUACUCCUUGAAUGCUUCCAUCCGUCCGCGAAGCUUACCGAACCGCCUUACUUCUGCUCCUCCCAUGGCAUAGAUGGUCUUGCGCGUUACGAUGAACUUUCUGAGAGCGAAAAGCAUUCGCCAUCGCGACUGGGAGAUAUGCGUAAUAUGUAUUCACGAUUCCGGCCACAUCGGCGGGAGCUUGACGACGGUGGUAGGCGGGUGAGGCGACCAGGUGACAUCCCGGGCAGUCGCACCCACCCAGGCAUUAUGCAGGAUGGAUAUGAAGGGGAUACCGUAAAGCAAAUUUUGAGUUUGGACGGACAUGAGCUGUUCACGCAGCUGGUCGCCCAGAGCCAUCUCGUCAAGACCGGACCGAGGCACGAACUGUUCACGUACCCUGUAGAGAUAGAAGAGGGUGUGAUCAGGGUAUGGAGAGAAUGGCUGCGGGACAUGGCAACAAAGAGCCAGAGUAAAGAAAUAAAAGAAGAGAAGGUGGAAUUGGCAGGACCAGGUAAGGGGAAGGCACCCACUACCGAAGCGUUACAAGCAGAUGAUGUAGGCGAUUCCCGAGUACUAUGGGUCAGUCCGAACAAGAACACAGGCAUCCGCUUCAAUGUGAGGGAGAGGAAACUUAAACGGGAGAUCCCGAUUCUCGUACGCGCAGACGAAGAAGACUUGCCAGUCAGUUACGAGAUCGAGUAUGAUGAGCUUCUGCUCCGCACGUCACACCUGCUUCUGGUGCUUGAAAAGUCGCUCGUUCUGGACGAUAAUACUUCUGGUAAAGCCGUAGUCUUUGGUUCUUUCGGCUGAGUGCUCAAACAGCUUUUCAGAACCCAGAGCAUCUAUUUUGUGACAUGUCUGAAUAUCAUGAAUGCCAGGCGACGUGUAUCCAUUGGACAUCCGGCGCUCCUGAAGUGCUUUGGACAGGAGUCGGCAUUUUGAAAAUUAUAAGGCAUUUGAUUGUAACGCAACGGAUAACUAGAGAAUGAUAUGGGACC